AUGUUUGACAACGCUGUGCAAGCGAAACUGGCGUCGAUGAUGCUGAUUGGCGCCGGCAGCUUCGUCGUCGGCAUCGUGCCCGCCUGCUUUGUCUCGCGUACUCGUCAUCUUCAACGGAAACUGUCACUCUCCUGCGCCCUGUGUUUCGGCGCCGGGGUCCUCCUAGCCACCGCAACGCUUCACCUCCUGCCGGAGGUGCGCCAAGCUCUGCCGGAUUACGCCGAGCUGAUUUUCUCCUGUGGCUUCCUCAUGCUCUAUCUCGUCGAGGAGUGCGUACACUAUUUCUGCCGAGGCACUCGGCAUAGAUUCGAAAUGGAUUCUCGCUCUUCUAGGACCACCGCCACUUGUAGGAUCGCGCACGAGCGAGGUUCGAACUGUAGGAAUCACUCUCAUGGUUUCGGUUACAACGCUACGCAAAACAACAAGGUUUACAUGUCCGAGGAGGACGUGAGAUUACCGCUCAACUAUCGACAAAAUCUUAAUAACGCCAAUAACGCAUGGACGUUUAGUAGCUAUGGCGCGACGCGAUGUAUCGCAAGUGAUGGUUGUUCGAGGUCAUCGAGUGAAGAAAAUACAUUUUUAUGCCACGGAAAUCACGGCGAGCAAUGUACCGAUGCCAACACUGGUCUUGCCGGUCUCGCUUUUGCCCUUACUGUACAUGCUGUUCUCGAAGGACUUGCGAUAGGAUUGCAAACGAAGAUCACCGAGGUGUUGUUAUUAACCGGAGCGGUAGCAUCACACAAAUUUGUCGUCGGCUUCUGUUUGGGGCUGGAAUUAGCUGGAGUCAGUAAAUCUAUUGCUAGAUUAGUAUUUGUUAUUUUUUUAUUUGCCAUUGGAUCCGUUAUCGGAAUCGGUAUUGGCAUGUUAACAUUUCAGGUGGAUACAGAUUGGUCCAAGGUGGUGUUGCCAAUUUUGCAAGGCUUAGCAGGCGGAACUUUACUAUAUGUUACUGUAAGCGAAGUUCUCCCAAGGGAGAGAACGAGAUGGCACAAAAGUUUGCACCGAUUUGCAGGAAUUUCACAAUUUUUAUCGGUAGUCGUCGGAUUUGUUGUCAUCUUUCUUCUUAAUAACUAUAUGGGCGAAUGAAUCAUUUAUAUUCAUUUUAAUAAUUAACUGGGCAGUGAUCGUCAGAUGAAUCACAGAUACUUGGAAAUCGAGAUAUUUCAGAUACAGUGCUAAUAACACCGUGUAACUCUACAAAGUUGCGUGACGUAACACUCAAAUAGGUCUUGUAUCGAAGUAAUAUGUUGUCAAUUAAGUGUUUGACAUUUUUCUCCAAAUACUUGACAAUAGAGAAUCUUAAAUUUGACUACAACAUAAUUUUUUAAACAUAAUAAUAAAAAAUUUUAAUAAUUUAAUUGAUAUAAAUACAUAGUUUUAUUUUUUUAAAUUUUAUUAGUUUAGACAUUGGUUGAUAAAAAAAUUAGAAUUGUGAUCGAAAUAUUAAACUCUUAAUGCAAUGACGAUGAAUGAAACUUUUUCUGCAGUUUCUUAAAUAUUGUGUGUAUAACUAAUAAAUAAAAUGCGACAAAUAUAUAUAUAUAUAAAAUCGUUAAUUGGAAAAUUUAUUUUACUUUGUAAGAUUACUUUACGAUUUAAAAUUACUUUUUUUUAGAUUUUAGAAUUAUAUAAAUCCGAAGGAUAGUAGUAAAUUUUCCAUUGCUCUAUUGUCAAUUACAUUUGCGCAUUUCAUAAAUAUCAAUAUUGUCUCUAUAAUAUUUAAUAAUAUUGCCGAUUAAAUGCAUAUAUGUUUGUUCGUAA